AUGUCACGCGCGCCGCUUCCAGCCGCCGCUUCCGUUCGCUCCCCAGCCCGUGCCGCCGAACGUCAAGGCCCUCGUCACGCGAGGCUCAGAUUCACCCGCGAUGCCUUGUUGAGUUCUCCUCCCCCUCUCCCCCGCUCCUCUCCUCCCUCUCUUCCUCCCCACCUCUUCUUCCCCACCUCUUCUUCCCCGCCCUUUUCCUCUUCCCCUGUCCUCACUCCCCCUCCUCUGCCCCUCUCUUGUUCCACUUUCCUCCUCUCUCCUCUCCCUCUCCUUUCCCCAUCUCCUCUCCCCCUCUCCUCUCCGCCUCUACUCUCCUGUCUUCUCCCCCCCUCUCCUCCUCUCGCUCUCCUACUUGCCCCCUCCUUUCCCAAACGGCUUCCCACUGGCGGCAGCACGCACAGGGAGGGGAGUACCGGCGCGCAGCACGCUCGCCUGGCGCUGCAGCUGCAGGGAGCACCGGCUGCUUCCUACGGGCGGCAGCACGCGCAGGGGGGGGGGGAGUGUUUUCGCCUGCCCAUUGGCGGCAGCACGAGCAGGGGGGUGAGUGCCAUCGCUUUUCACUGCAGCUGCAGGGAGCACCGGCUGUCAUGGCCCUGCCCUUCCCCUUCCUGCACCAGUCCGUCAUCCAGGUGUGGUGUGGUGCGGUGCGGUGCGUGCGGUAUCUGUCCAGUUCUGUGCGGUGCUGCUGUGCUGGACCUGCCCUUCCCCUUCCUGCACCUCUCCGUCAUCCAGGUGCGGUGCAGUGUGGUGCAGUUCGGUGCUGUGCUGUGCGGUGCGGUGCUGCCCAUCAUCAUCUCCAUGCCACACUGCUUAUCUGCUGACAUUGCAAUGACCACAACGCCUCACCUUGUCUUCCCCACCUCGUUCCAUAUCGGCAUGGCCCAGGCCGUUUAUGUGCGUAUCGUGGCGACACACCAUGUGCUCCUACCUCUCAUCCCUCCACCUGCAUACCCACGCUCCACCAUGUACUCCUUGCCACUUCCACUAUCUCCCGCCUCUCUUCCCACCCUCUCCACCGGCUGCCUGUGGGUUGCAUGCGGGAUGCAGGUGGAGCAGGGGCGACACACCAUGUGCUCCUUCCCUUCCUCACUCCACCUGCAUGCCCGUGGUCCCUACGCUGCCCUCUGCGGUUCCCAAAUCUCUUGCCCAAUUAUACUCGCUUUUCAAACCCCAAGUUUUGCUUCCCCUUUUCUCAUCUCCCGUGCUGCCCCGGCAGGCUGCUCUUCCGCUCUUGAGCUUCCAACCACCACUGACGAGAGCCGGCCUGACAACGGCCCGCCUGCUCUACUCUCGCCCAGCAGCCCAUCUGCCCGCUCCGCCUCUUGUGCUGCGCCCCCACCCACGCCCUCUAGUCCCCCGCGCAUUCACCCCACACUGCCCCCCUCCCUCCCGCCUCUACCCUUCUCCCCGCUCUCCUGGCGCCACUACUACCUCUGGAGAGGCCUUCCCCUCCACUCGCCCGCUGCACUGCUGCUGCACACGCCACUCACCAUCCUCCUCGCCCUCCACCUGCUCCUCCCUUCCACCGCUCAAGUCCCGGGCCACACGCCUUCAGAUGCUGACGUGCCCUCAGGGGCUGACGUGGCUUCACGCAUUGCAGCUGGGAGGGAGGAGAGAGGAGGAGCGGAUGAGAGCGCAUGUGCAGAGGGGCAGCAGCAGUGCUGGCGGCGUGGUCUGACCUCUCGCCCCUCCCUCUACAUCCAUGUGAUUGGUGCGCAUCCAUCGCCACAUAUGCCAAGCAAUCAUCCAUCUUUCUUGCUUCCCUUCUACUACACUCUCUUCACCCAACUUCCCCUCGCCUUCCUUCCCCCUCCUGAACCCCCCUCACCACCCACCUACUACACUCUCCACGCUGGCAUGCAGCUCACCACGCACUCCCUAUCACCCUGCCUCUCAUCAUCCCUCUCACCAAGCACUGCACCUGCAAGGGUGGGCAGGGAGGACCUAGAGGGUGCCUGGCAUGCCUCUCACCACACGCUCUAUCUACCUCUCACCACGCACUCCCUCUCACCACACACUGCACCUGCAGGGGCGGACAGGGAGGCUCAAGAGGCGGCAGCACUGGCAGAGCUGAGAGUGCUGCUGCCUGGAGUGGACACGUGUGUGCACCUCAUUGGCCCCAACAUACCUGCACACAUGCACGGCAAGCGCAUUCUCCUUCUGCAUCCUCCCGUCUUUGAGCCUUGCAAGCCACAACCUGCUGAACCACAACCUGUCGAACCACAACCUGCCGAACCACAACCUGCCAAACCACAACCUGCCGAACCACAACCUGUCGAGCCACAACCUGUCGAGCCACAACCUUCUGAGCUACAACCUUCCAAACCACAACAAGCCGAACCACAAUCUUACAAGCCACAACCACUGGAAGCAGCAGGCGGUGCAGCAGGCGGUGCAGCAGGCGGUACAGCAGGCGUGGCAGUGCACUUCCAUCGAGGCCUCUAUCACCACGUGCUACCCUCCCUUGCCUGCUCGCCGCUCCCCUGCACCUCGCCGCAUUGCCCUCAGCACCCAUCCCCUUUCCAUCACAGCACCCCACGUCGCCCACAUUCCCACCAGUGCACCCAUCAGCCACACUCAUGCCACUGCCCCACGCUGCUGUUCCUUCCCAACGCGGGCCUGCCUGCCUUCCCCUCCUGGCGAGACACGCUGGUGAGUGAAAUGUGGUGA